AUGCUGGAGGAGCGCACGGCUGCAGUCUGCAGAGUCCCAUCAGCGCUGGAAAGUCCAUCUGCUCGUCUGCACGAUCUUCAAACAAUGAUGGAUAUAGUAACAGACAGUCCGUUUUACCACAUGAACGCCACAGACGCGCCUGGGAGGAACAGCACUCUUUACGACGAGGAUGAGUACGACUACUACAAGGAGGAGCACGCCGAGCUGAAACAGUCCCUCAACAUCAUGUCGCUCAUCGUGUACUGCCUGGCCUUCGUGCUGGGUGUCGUAGGCAAUGGCGUGGUCAUAUGGGUGACCGGCUUCAAGAUGAAGGAAACCGUCAACACAGUUUGGUUUCUCAAUCUGGCCGUGGCCGACUUUCUCUUCACAGCUUUCCUUCCUCUAAGCGUGACCUACACCGCCAUGGACUUCCAUUGGCCGUUUGGGAAGUUCAUGUGCAAACUCAACAGCACCAUCAGCUUCUUGAACAUGUUUGCCAGUGUGUAUAUCCUCGUGGUGAUCAGCGUGGAUCGAUGCGUGUCCGUGGUGUGGCCGGUGUGGGCGCAGAACUACCGGAGCGUUCGCAAGGCGUCCUGCGUCAGUCUUGGAGUCUGGGUGCUGGCUUUAAUCCUGAGCGCUCCUUACUUCAUCAUUCGGGACACGGGACCGUCCUACGACAACGAGGACAUAAUCAACUGCUUCAACAACUUUGCUUUCUCUGACGACUACGAAAAUCCGGCUGUGAUACAUCUAGGGCAGUUUCGCCAUCAAGCCAUGAGCAUUACGCGCUUUCUCUUUGGAUUCGUUGUGCCGUUUACGAUUAUAGUAUCGUGUUAUGCCGUCAUAAUACAUCGGCUUAGAAAGAACCGCAGUUUGGCGAGUCAGUCAAGUCGCCCUUUUAAAAUAAUCGCGGCAGUUAUUACAACUUUUUUCCUCUGCUGGGCCCCAUACCACAUCAUGGCGCUGAUUGAGUUGGUACAUCACAUGUCUAGUAGACAAAGCGAGACUUUGGACCACGUCAUAACUAUAGGCGUCCCCAUAGCAACAAGUCUGGCUUUUCUCAACAGUUGCUUAAACCCGCUCCUCUAUGUGUUCAUGGGGCAAGACUUCAAGGAUAAAGUCCGUAAAUCCAUUUUGAAAGUCUUGGAGACGGCUUUCCAGGAGGAGGUGUCUCGAUCGUACACCUGCACAAACUCCAUGAUCACGAGUCGAAGUAAAGACAAGUCUGUGUCUGAGGCCGAAGUAUGA